GCGGCUGCGUUUCAAAAUGUGCAUGUAUCAUGCUCUGAUUCCCAAGGAUAUUAGCUUUUCUAGUAUAUAGGUGAACCCCUGUUAAAAUCGGGCUAACUUGUGACCUUCAAUGUCUUUAUUUAAUUCCUCGGAUGAAGAAUGCAGUGUUACGUAAUGUGUUAUUAGUGUGCACAUUAUGUGCUGGAGUUAUACUUUACAGAAAACUGUGUGCAUUUUGAAUGCUAAUAAUAAAUAUGGUGUCUUAGCCUAGUUGUGUUUUUUUUUCUCAUCGUCAAAAUGUGCGUGGAGUUUAGAGGAAAUAUCGUUAUAUAUUUCACAUUUUUGUGUGUCGUUCUUGUUUCAGGGGAAAUACAAUCACCUCCCAGCAGUGUCAUCGUUCAACCGUCUGCUAAUACAAUAGAAGUUCUCAAAAAUAGUCGUCUUGCUAUAGACUGUCCUAUUACCUCAGAAGACAAAGUUCACACCGACGUCUCAUGGACUAAAGAUGGAGUUACUGUACUACCUCAGAAACGGGUAUAUGUAGCAUCUAACGGGUCUCUUAUCAUCGAAAAAUUCCUCAACAAACGCAAAAAGUCACGUGACGACACUGGGUUUUAUGAAUGUUAUGCAACAAACAGUUUUGGUACCUUCAUUGGCAGACAAGUGGAGGUAAAAGUCGCAAAGCCUACCUUACGCAUUGAACCCGAGAACAUUAAUGUUAUUACUGGAGGGGUCGCAAGAUUUCAGUGCCAGAUAGAGUCUGCUUCUCCGAAAGCACCAUUUUGUGUAUGGGAACACCCAAGACAAGACAGUCAAAUAAACAGACUGUCAAGUCAUCUGGGUAUCCUACAACUUUACAAUGUCUCAGAUACGGAUGGUGGAAAAUAUACCUGUAGAUAUUUCACAAGUCUCCACUCACAUGACGUUCUAGAGAAAAGUGCCUUCCUAUCGGUUCAUUCAGGACAUUUGCCUGGAACGCCAACACUGCUGAACACACCUCAGAAUCUCAGUGUAAUAUCGGGUACACCUGCCCUUCUCGAGUGUCUCGUCGAGGGGGGUCAGAAUGUUAAAAUCUCAUGGAGGUAUUCAAAUGGAAGCGAUGUUCGACAGGAGAGAGGGAAAAUUAAUUUGUCCGGUCGAUUAAACCUACAGUUUUCAAACACCAUACGCAGUGAUGCCGGGACGUACCAAUGUGUUGUCCAACAUGCAGGGGGCAUAAUCACUAGAAAUUACAGUAUCAAAGUCAAAGAGCCACCAAAAUUUAUCGUAACACCCUUGCCGUACUUCCGAAAUGUACUGGCAGCCAUUACAAGACUCACGUGUGAGGCAACCGGAAAUCCGAAGCCGACGGUGCAAUGGUAUAAAAAUGGUCUGAAGAUUUAUCCAGCUCCAAGAGUAACGAUCAAUCCCCAGCUUAUACUGUAUGGUCGCCUUGAAGACACCGGCUAUUAUCAGUGUAUAGCUAAUAACUCACUUGGCAUAAAUGUCGCGACAUCUUUUGUGAUCUUUGAGAGACAACCAAACACACCAGAUAUCGUGACAAACGUGACAGCUACUUCUAUUUCUUCACACGAAGUGAACGUGACAUGGUCACCUGCCGACACUCCAGACGGCUUUCCUAUUGUAGCUUACAUGGUUAAUUAUCAAUUUGUACAUGAUCUACAAUGCCCAGGACGUUGCUGGUUCCAAACAGACAGCGAGAGGGAGGUCUCCAAACAUUAUUUCAAAGUAAUUGACGGCCUCAAACCAUAUACAAAAUACAGGUUUGCCGUACAGUGCAUAAGUGGCAAAGGCGCUAGCAGCAUGUCUAAAUCUGUUACAGUCCGUACAUUAGAAUCAGUUCCAACGGGGGCACCUGAUGUUAGGAUAAUACCGGACUCAAGUACGAGUUUUCGCGUUUCUUGGACUGAAAUUCCGGAAUCAGAACGGAAUGGAUGGAUCAACAGGUAUCAACUGAGUUACGGAACCAAAGACAAAAUGAUCACAGUCAUACAACUCCCAGAAGACACUAAAAGCUACCUCGUUACAGGGCUUGAGUCCAACAGUGAAUACGUGGUAAAAGUUCUUGCCGGAAACUCCCAAGGCUUUCCGGACAUAGAUAACUGGAUAUCAUAUCGUACACCUGUGUCUAAUAUAAAUGAAUCAACAGUUCCCUCAUUGACUUUUGAACCUUUAAACUCGUCGGCAGUUUCAAUCAUAUGGAAAAAAGAUAGCAACUUUGUUGGAAGCUAUAGGGUUGUUGUUCAGAAGUUGCUAGAAAGUGGACCUGUAAGGGAAUUCAAUAUUACAGCAGAUACUACACGUCUUGACGUGGCCGGGCUAGAGCAUAAAGUCUUCUAUAAGAUUGACUUCAUGAAAAGAGAUGAGAGGAACGUGGUGAGGGGCUAUGUGACGGAGUUGUAUCAGUGUGUUGGACACGAAGGUGAAAUGGAGCCCCCGCCCCCAUAUAUUAUUAACCCAGAAUCACGCUCGUCGUCAAUUAUAAAUUUAUCGUGGGAGAAGCCAAAAACGAGGCUAAAUAUAGUAAAGUACACUGUCAAGUUCCAGAGGAAGGAUGAAACUGUCCUGGACAAUCUACCAGUAGAAAUAGACAGUUUUACCACCUAUAUAACAUUGGACAAGUUGCAACCGUUCUCCUGGUAUGCCGUGGCUGUCCAGUCACAUACAACUUCUGCUGAUGGACCCUUCUCCAAACCCGUCAUUGUUCAGACUAAAGAAGGAAUUCCCUCCCCUCCCGAGAUAUUGCGUGCUGAGGUUGUCUCCCCUGGAACGGUGAAGCUAAAAUGGGGACCUCCUAAACAACAAAAUGGCAUUAUAACAUCUUAUAUAAUUUAUUAUAAUUCAAAGAAUGACGUCCCUGAUGUAGCGUGGUCUUUUAUACACCAAAAUGCAUCACACACAUCUCUGGUACUUGAGGAUCUGAAGAACGAGGUCUAUUACUUUAAAUUGAGGGCGUGUACUAACGCAGGGGCGGGGAAUACGUCACGUGUCAUUAUGAUUGACACUCUUGAUUGUAACAGUUGCCCGAAGUGUAAAGAUUCCGAUUCUUGCCCAGGUAAGAACGAGGUCUGUUUUUUCCAUAGUUUCACACAGAUAUUUGUGAUUGUAACAGUUGCCCGAAGUGUAAAGAUUCCGAUUCUUGCCCAGGUAAGAACGAGGUCUGUUUUUUCCAUAGUUUCACACAGAUAUUUGGUAUCUGAGGACCUAAAGAAUGAGGUCUAUUACUUUAAAUUGAGGUCGUGUACUAACGCAGGGGCGGGGAAUACGUCACGUGUCAUUAUGAUUGACACUCUUGAUUGUAACAGUUGCCCGAAGUGUAAAGAUUCCGAUUCUUGCCCAGAGGAAGAAGGCGAUAGUAAACGAAGUGUGUUUGAACAGCGCCUGGGCAUCAUAAUCGGGUGUGCUGUUGGCUUGGUCUGCAUAGUCAUCUGUAUUACUUUUGUUAUCUUCAAACAAAGGGAAAUGAGGUCAAGAUACCAAAACCGGCCACGGACUGAGCUAGCCUGCCGGUUCAAUCCUGCUGAGCAGCCAGGACGUUACCUUGGCAACGCAGAUACAAGUCGCCUCCAGCACCAUUCAACAUAUUCACCUAUGUUGAGACGGAUGCUGGAAAACACUGAUUAUACUUACAAGGCUGGAAACGAGCAACGCGCUUUACUGUCUCCCAGCUCAACCGGAAGUGUAAAUAAUCCGACGGUGAGUACCAGUAAUACGGAGUCAUGUGACACCACACCAUGCAGUAGUGACUUUGACAUUGUUUAUCAUCCGAUAAAGAACGGUGAGCUACCGGAGAAGGAACCGAUGAUGAAAGGGAGCAAAGACAUUGACCUUCGCGUUGUCAUUGCCCCUAGUGACGAUUGCUUUAUGGACAGUAGAAAGAGUGUUGAAGACCCGGUUAAUUCAGAAGCUGAUUCGCUGAAUGCUUCAGGCAUUGUUGAAAAUGAUGAAAAUGGCAACUUAGGCGAAGAAAAUCAUUUCAAAUAAACUUUCAGCUGUAUUUUUUUUAUUUUUCUUAAUUGUUUCCUCGUGUAUACGCCAAAGUCAAUUUGACAACCGUCAGAAGUCUUCUUUGUCAACAGUCUUGCCAACAGUCUAACAUUUGAUUUUAAUGGUCUGCUAAUGGAUUUAAUUUUUAAAUUGAUUUAAAUUUAAAAUUAAAAUCUAUAAUUUGUACCUAUAAAUUCAUAUUUUAUUGCCAGUAGGCAAGACGGUGAGCUUUAGAAAUGUUUAUAUUUCGAAGAAGAAAUGAUAUUUUUCUUACCAUUUGACUUCAAACGGUUUUGACUGAGGCGCAUAACUAGAGGGGAAAAGUAUCAUAAUUAACACAGUGACAUGCCAGCACCGAACAAGCGUUUUCUCUGUUCUGUUUUCGAGACUUUUAACUACCUCAGACAUAUGUUUCACAGGGAUUCAACCUCAAGUGUGCUUUUUGAAAAGGCGGAGCGCUGCCACUCGUUCAGGGCAUAGAUUAAUUUGGCAUCAGUUUCAAAUAGUUUCAGGGAAAACAAAUUUUUAUUUGCAUUUUGUGCUUUGAUAAUUGGUGAACAUUUGACACAAGACGUUUACCUCGAUUAACCCUUAGCCUGCUGGCGGCAACUGAAUCUAACCACGUGACCAGUGCAGACGAAGAUCAUGCCGUGUGGCACCUACGUGCGCGUUUGUUCUUAGUCUGCACUGUUUGCUUCAUCAGUCAGUAUAUAUUUAGAUUUUUUUCCUAAAAUGAGGAAUGGUUUCGUCCAGAUUGAAAGACGGACGAGUCCAUUUAGGAUAUUUAGGGUGGUAAGGGAAGGGUUAUGUAAAGUUCAUUGCUCUUUAUCAGAGAGUGUUUUUAUUCUCACAUAUUACAAAUCACAUAAUUUAAAUAUUUGAGCUGUAAAUAGCCCCUUUUUUUCUGUAAGAUUACUAUUUGGUAACCGUUAUCUUUAGCAAGCUUUUUCGAAAUGUUCUUCCCCUUUUAAUUGUAAUUAUAUAUUGAAAAACAAAUAACAUAAUUCAUUUCUUUGAGAUAAAUUUUCUGAAAUGAAUCUUUAAAGAGUAUGACGGAAAUUCAGGCAUGUUCGCUGAAAGAGUUGAUGUUGUCCACAUGCUCUGCAAAUGUACAUGUUAAAUAGUAAAUGUCAUAUAAAAUGGAAACAUGUUUUAAAAUUCAAAUUUCAAAAAAAUCACUCGUAAUUUGGGAUUUUAUAUUCAAUUUAGAUGUCACAUGAUUUUUGUAAUUUUAUAUGGUUAUUAUACACCGACUUGCUCAAAUGUAAAAAAUAAAUUCAUGCAUCAUUUGCUCGUGAAAUAUCGGCAUAUUCCGUUACUUUCCGUGUCGUAAAAAUAAAUACACGAUACGGAAAUUGCCGUAGUUUGCCGAAUUCAUACGAUCUGCUGAUGAAUUUAUAACUAUAAAACUAUAACCUUAUUGAACCUUUUUUUCAAACUGUUGAUUUAUUAUCUUAAAGUUAUUUGUGUUGAAGUUAACAUUAGUUGAUUAUAAUUAUGGCAUUGGCAACUUAAUACAUGUAUUUAACGCAUGUUUUCUGUGUAACUCAUCGGCUGCUGUAAGCGUUUGUGCGUCUGGUCCAUGUGACCUUGACCUUCAGGUUAGCCUGUUUGGCGGCAACUGAAUCUACCUAUGCGACCAGUGCAGACCAAGAUCAGCCGUCGCGCUUGUGUCGUCUGAUCAUAAUCUCCACUGUUCGCUAGUCAAUCAGUACAUGUUUUGAAAUUUCCCCUAAAAAUGAUAAGUGGUUUUGUCCAGAUUGGCAGAUGGACAAGUUCAUUUUUGAUAUUUAGCGUGGUUAAGGGUGAAACAUAUACAUGUAUAGGAUAUGUAUUAAAUGCCUGUUUAUGUGAUUUUUAUAUAAAAACCGAAUUAUUUUGGAAGUAACACUUUCUAUCUACCAAUAACUACAUACAUUUAGAUUUUUUGAAAAUUUUUACAGUUAUAAAUGUUUAUGCUAUUAGUAGAAAAAGUAUCUUAAAUAAUUGUUAGGAAAUAUGUAAACAUACUAUUUAAUAAAUGUUUUAACCACGAACCCAACCCCGCACACUAAAAUACGACUUGACAGCUUUUGUUUUCAAAUAUGAUUAUAAAUAUGAAGGAUUUUACGGAAAAUCUUGUUAGAGAUUUUAGAAAUUAUAUAUGUUUACAGUUCAUACAUUAGAAUACGCAUAGGCCUAUUAUGUUUUAGCAUAUCAUUUUUAUACAUUGUGUGUUUUAACGUUUCUAUGUAAUGUGUAACUCAUACCAUUUUAUGUAAUACGUGUAAGACUUUUUUUUUAGUUCAGUCAGUGUAAUUGUAUUGUAAUGAUUUUUUUUGUUCUAAAGUUAUGAAAAAAAUUAUAUGUCUCCUAAUGAUAUGGCCAGAUAAUUAAAGGUCCUAAAGAUUC